GGUGAAAUAUGUGUGUUGUCUAGCAAAAAAGCUUAUGGUCAUAAAUAUGCAUAUUCAAGAUAUUGUUCAUAUAAUAGCGUUGAGGCAUUAAAAAAAGAUAUUAUAGAUAAAUGUCCUAAAAAAAUAGACAUUGGACCAAUAUACACUGCAAGG